GCUGAUUUGUGAUGUGAUUGUAGCUGGCAUAGAUGUUGACUGCCACAGUGUUGACUGGUCCAUCCAUGUGCCCCUUAUGUUACACAUUAUCACGCUUGGUUUGGACCACUCUAGGCCGUUAGUUCAUCAUCAUUGUAAGAUUUUGCUUGUCCAUCUUUUGACUGUCGUAGCAGACCACCGAGAUCACCUUGGCGUGGCUCGUGUCCUCCUCAACAACAAGACAACACAGUUAGGCUAUGGACUCAUUCCUAAUAAUAUCUUUACACAUAACAAAAACUUCACAGAGGAACCACCCACUGACCCCACCCUCACCUAUUGUGGCUGCCCCCCCUGGUUUUGAGAAUCCCCCUGACAACAUGAGUGACGGAGGUGCCCCAGUUGGACCUGUGGAUGAUCAUGCAACGCCGGUUAUCAUUACCUCGGAUGACAACGCUGACACGGUUUCUGGUUCAUCUGCCGUGGGUGUCGAUAGUGUCCCCCAGGAUGACUUGCAGUAUAGCAUCAUGGCUCUUAUUGACUUCAUUGCCUCAAGCAAGAAUCAGCCACUUUGGACCUAUGAAGACAUCACAUCCAAGCAGUUCUCCAUAAAGAGUGCUGAUCAGCUGACCAACUAUGUCAGACAUGUUGUUACAGUGUUCAACAACUCCCUCCCUCACACGCACAUAGAGGAGAGAUGGGCCCAAAGAGCUCUUCAUUUAGCUCUCUCCUGCUCGUCUAGACAUUAUGCUGGACGCUCUCUGCAAGUAUUUAGGUCUCUGCAUGUGUCCAUGUCAUCGCGCAUGUUGAGUGACUUGCUGGGACGUCUGGUGGAGACUGUGGCUGAGCAAGGAGAGGAUAUGCAAGGAUACGUUACUGAACUCAUGCUCACUCUUGAGUCUGCUGUCGAUGCACUAGACUCAGAUUUUAGACCUAUCGAAUUUGUGCGUGAGCUGUUCAAGUCAACGCCCAACCUGAACAACAAGGAACGAAAAGGACCUCUUGGUUAUGGCAUGAUGGGCCACUUCUAUGGUGCAGGGUACCCACCCCCUUCAGCUCCUCUCUCUCCAGGGGGGCACAUUCGUUCUACUUCGUAUUCAAUAUCCUAUGGUAGAGGGAAACCAAUGGCAUCUCCUACUGCAGAUAUUAAAGUGCAACCAGAGAUGAGAGGUAGAAGUGGCACAGAUGUAGACAGUCGCAUGAGACAACAACAGCAACAGCAGCUCCAGCAGUCCAGCAACUUGUCUCGAUCACGUUCUGCCCAGUCUCUAAAGCAGCUAGCAGAUCAGAGUUCAGCUGAUGAUAAGAUGACUGUUCUUGCUCAAUUGUUUUGGAUUGCUGUGUCUAUGCUGGAGUCAGACUAUGAAUAUGAAUUUAUUUUAGCCAUGAGGCUUCUCGAUAAGGUGCUUACACGUCUGCCUCUGGACCGCCCAGACUGCAGGGACAAGGUGGAAAAGUUGCAGCAGCAGUUGAAGUGGAAAGACUUCCCUGGUGUUCACGCUCUCCUUCUGAAGGGGUGUACGUCAGCUACCACAUACGAACCAACAAUUACGCUCCUCACUCGAUUUACACAACUGACAGACCUGCAGGUUGUUGAUCCAACACAGAACCGUUCCUUUGCCAUAAACGUCAUUGCGAUGUUGCCAUAUAUGUUGCAAAAUUAUGAGGAUGCAAAUGCCCUUUGUAUCCAGUCAGCUGAAAACAUUGCACAGGUAUGCAACAAAAAAGGGAAACAGUUAGAAAACCUUGCAACAGUCAUGACACUGUAUAGUCGCCGCAACUUCAGCAAAGAAAGUUUCCAGUGGACAAAAUGCGUCGUCAAAUAUCUACAUGACUCUUAUGCCAGCCUCUCGCUUAGCCUAAUGGCGUUUUUGGUGGAGGUGUUGGAAAAAGGACCAGCAAGUGUGCAAAACCCCAUUCUCAAUAUUCUGCACUGCAUGCUCCAUUACAUUGACAUUAAUACAGCAGCCGCCCAGCUAGUCAAUGGGGAUCUGUUGAGGGUCAUUGCUAAAUACAUUGAGGGAUCUCACUGGAAAGAAGCCCUCAGAAUCUUGAAGAUGGCUGUGACACGCUCAUCGUCCCUUGUAGUUCCUCCUGCCUCCUCUCAUACGCAUUAUUGGGACCACCAUGUCUUUGCUGACAUCGAAUCUCAUUUCAAGAAGGAGUUGCCUGGUCGCACAAUGGAGUUCACAUUCGACGUAAGCCAAACCCCAGUCAUCGGCCGUCGCUACCUCAAGGGCUCAGGGAUGGUGGUCCUCCCUGGCCAAAUUAGCGCCGGGUCGUCAACUGUCAGUUCUGCAACAAGCGACAGUUUGCAGGAUAGGGAACAGGAACGAUCAGUAAGUGACAACGCAGGUGCAAUGGGAAUCGACCGAGCUGAAACAUCAUCUCCACGUCGCAGUCUCUCCCUCUCAGCAGCUGACACCAACAACCUGGCGGGUUGGAAACGACCGUGGUUGUCACAGGCACGUGUAAGAGAGUGCUUAGUGAAUCUCCUAAACACUUGUGGCCAGCGCGUGGGUCUCCCCAAGUCUCCGUCGGCUGUAUGGGUUUCUGUACUAACUCAGCAUGAGACUUCUAAACAGGAUGGCAACAUCAGUAAGGUGAUAUUCAGUCAAAGCUCCGAGCUAGAGAGACAGUCGUCAAUGGCCUCGUCAACCGAAGAAGUGUCAGUUGCCCCUGGGGACACGACGAACGACCGUACGGCUGAUGACAUGACUUCUUCUGAGAAGCAGUUCGCAGUCUUCAAGGACUUUGACUUCCUUGAAUACGAACUGGAGAGUCAGGGGGAAGAAAGUGUGGAUAACUUCAACCUGUGGGGUGUGCGUCGUCGCUCCCCAAACAAUCUUGGGGAUGGUGAGCCUUCCAGCCACAUCGAUGACGGGCAGAGUUCAGAGAUGACCCCAUCGCACGUCAAGAAGCCAACACCCCCUGCUGACCAUGAAUGGUGGGAAGAGGAGGGUUCUGUAUCGCCCUGUGGACGAUCCUGCCAUGGGCCCUAGUGAGCGGUCAGCAGAACCCUUGAUCCACCAUGCUCAGCCUGCUGCAGCUCCUCAUACCACCAUAGCACCCAAGCUAACCCUUGAUACCAUUGCUGCACGCAGACCUGCCUCACCCACAUCCAUGUCUGAUCACAGUGAAAGCAGUGAUGGUGAUCUAGGUGACAUGACUCCUUGCAAUGCAUCUCCUAGUAUUGCUGCCAUGCUUUUCCGCCCAAUCCGACAGCCCAAUGAUUUAGAGGAUGCCUGGCGUGCUCACCUGUUGUCUCUCAUG